AUGUCUUCCACUAUUCGGCAUUUGUUGACUAUACUAUUCUUCGUGUCUUUCGUGAAUUCCCAAACGAAUUUUCGCUUGCCAAAGAGCGUUCUUCCACAACAGUAUAAUUUAUUAAUCGAUAUAAGAAAUAUACAAGACAGAGAUAAUUUCCGUGGAGGUGUUACUAUAACAAUGGAUGUCGUAGAACCAACCAAAAAUAUAGUUUUACAUUUUGGUAGAACAUUACGAUUACUUUCGAAACCCUUAUUGCAGAACAUAAGUGAUAUAAAUGUUAAAACUACCACCGAUACUAAUGUAGAGGUUUUAACAAUAACUGAUGCUAAUGGAAACAAUUUUGAAAAAGGCUCAUACACAUUAUCAAUUCAGUACGAGGCGGCUAUAAGUACUUCUAUCCUCAAUGGGAUAUACAGAAGCAGCUACAUAGAUAAAGAAAACACUAAAUAUAUUGUUGCCACCCAAUUUCAACCAACAUUUGCCAGACGAGCUUUUCCUUGUUUCGACGAACCGGAAUUUAAGGCGAUAUUCAAACUCACAUUCAUGCCUCCUCAAGGCAUAACCGUAAUAACCAAUACCAAAAAGGAAAAAGAAAGUUCAAUUGGUACGAUGAGAACCAUCGAAUUCGCCGAAACGCCGAAAAUGUCCACGCACAUGGUAGCAUUCGUUGCAUCGCAAUUCGAUUGCACCGCAUCCACAACAACAGUGCAGAGCAGCGUGUGCUCGGUGAAUCGGCCCGAAGAGGAAAGACAAUUAGCGGCAGAAGAAGCACCUGGACUGCUCCAAGCGCUAAUUCAAUACACCGGAGUGAAUUACGAAGAUAACAAAUUGGAGCACGUUGCAUUGCCCGAUCUGCUGGCUGAAAGUAUGGGACACUGGGGAUUAAUCACCUACAGGGAAGACAAUUUAUUGUAUCAUCCUGAAAAAUCGAGCAGCAUCGACAAGCAGAAGGUGGUUGGUUUUCUAGCUCACGAUAUCGCUUAUCAGUGGUUCGGAAAUUUGGUUACCCCGACAUGGUGGUCGGAUUUGUUUUUAAACGAAGGCUUUGCAAGAUAUUUCGAAAACAUCGCCAUUGAACAGACUCACCCCGAUUGGCAAAUGGAUAAACAAUUCGUUAUUAAUACCGUUCAAAAAGCUUUGAGAAACGACGAAAGUGCUGCUUUUCCUCUUCAACAAAGCCUUUCCGAUAUUUCAUCGGUGUUUAACAGCGUCACUUAUUUAAAGGGUGGAAGUAUUAUUCGAAUGGUAGAACAUGUGUUAGGCGCAGAUGCGUUUAAAAACGGUGUAUCAGCAUACAUUAAAAACUUCCAACAUAGCACCACCUCACCCAAAAAUUUGUGGGCUGAAUUAAAUAAAAUCUCUAAUUUGCCUUACGAUUUACAAACUGUAAUGGAGAAUUGGACAAAACAGCCAGGCUUUCCUCUAUUGAACGUUACCACAGAAAAUCGGCAAGUAACUGUUACUCAGAAACAAAUUUCAUCUAAUAAUGAUUUGACCACGCAAUGGUACGUUCCCAUUACAUACACGACUUCCGCAGAUGAAUUUAAAUUCCAAACAACCAGCCCACAGCUUUGGUUGACACCGAAUGACAAUGCAGUGAAAUUUAAUCUACCAGACGGCGCUGAGUGGCUUGUUUUGAACAAUAAACAAAGCGGUUUUUACAGGGUGAAUUACGACGAAGCUGGAUGGGAUUCAAUAGAAGUGGCUUUGAAAUUGGAUAAUUUUGGAGGUAUAGGAGAGUUGAAUAGGGCAGCGAUUGUAGACGACUUAUUCAGUUUGGCUAAAUUAAACGUGGUUACUUAUUCUAGAGUGUUCAAACUGCUUGAAUUUUUGAAAAACGAGGGUUCAUACUAUACAUGGUCUUCUGCUUUUGAGGGAUUUGGUUACAUAUUGGAUAGGGUUGGAUUGAAUUCAACGUUAGGCGAUUACGUUACGAAAUUCGCGUUAACUCACAUGGAGAAGUUCUAUAACUCCACGCCAUUCCAAAAUAUUCAAGAAGAUGAUCAAAUAUUCACCUUGAAGCAAAAUUUAGCGCACAAAUGGGCAUGCAUUUUAGGCCAUACAGAUUGCAUAGAUAAGUCGAAGUCGCUAUUUAAGGCAUUUAAUAUAAAUCUGAAGAGUACUGUAAUUUGUUCAGCUUUAAGAGAGAGUACUGUUGAUUUUGAAUGGGAUUUAGUUUGGUCGCACUACGAAAAAUCAACUAUGGUUUCAGAAAAAAAUAUGUUUUUGGAAAGCUUAUCGUGUACUAAGAAAACGGAACAACUUAAAACGUUAUUGAAUUUGACGUUACAAGACACAUUUAAAGGCCAGUACGGUUUGUUCUUAUUCAGCAAAGUUUUAAACAAUCCCUACGGAGUGGAUUUAGCUUUAGAAUUUUUCUUCGAAAAUUAUGAAAAAAUUUUCCUGAAAUAUCAAGACAUUAACUUGCGAUCAUCCAUUUUACAAUUAAUAGGUAGUAAAAUAACCACAGCUGAAACUUAUAACAAGUUGAAAGACUUUGUAACUACCAAUUUAUCGAAUUCACAAGAAGGUCAAGAAGCCCUAAAUAUAGCUGAAACGAAUAAGAAUUGGUUGAAAAGAUCCGGAGAGAAUUUAUUGAAAUAUUUUGAACCCCCAAUUAAAAAUGCGGCAACCAUACCAGCCAGUUUUGCCAUUUUUCUGCUACCUAUUUACAUUAUUUUUGUUUUGUUUAAUUAA